AUGUCCACCCCAACUCUGCCAACACCUCCAACCCUCCAACAGCUCCUCACCCGCCUCGCCCUCGCAAAGCGCCUCUUCCGCAUACCGAGACCCAGACGGCGACGCACACAACAAACCACCACCACUAAGAAGAAGCCCACUACGACCCCUCCCACGCGGGAAUAUUCUCUCCGCAAACGCCCUCCACCAGUCACCACCCCAACUACCAUCCUCACCUCCUGGCGCGACGAAGACGACAGCACCGACGACGACGACUACGAUCCGCGAAUCGAGCGAGCGUACUUGAAACGCAAGAAGCCAGUGAAGCGAGCAAAAACAUCCUCAUCGGAGAACGGGAACUUGAGUCUCAUCGUAAAGAUCAAGAUCAACAUGGAGAGUGAAGCCGGGAAGGCUUUUCUGGAUACGUUUGGGCUGUAUCAGGAUGAUAAUGAUGAUAACGAUCUGAUAGUUGACGAAAAGGAACAUAAGAUUAUAGGGGAUGGGGAUGUACCCGGGGGAAUGUCAUUACCAUCAUCAGCAUGCAAGCCAUGCAUCGAGACAGGGCGGCUAUGUUCCAUAACCAGCACACAUCAUCCCCUGAAUGGUCAAGGACCAGACACAGGGAUAACAAAGUACCCAUGCGAACAAUGCAUCCAGUCCACUAUCAUCUGUGAACCCAUGUCCACCACCACCAGCCUACCCACCGACUACACAACAACCACCCCCAUAAUCCAAACCAUCACAACAAUAACCACCUCCCUCACCCACCCCAUAACCCUAACCCCAACAUCCCAAACCUGCUCUUUCUGCCCCUCCCUCCCCUACAGCCUCUUCGGCCACUACCAACCCCCACGGACAAUCUCCGUCUUACCGAUCCUGCCCCGGGGGAACAAAUUAGGUGAUUACAUGGAACUUCACCCGCAAUUAUCUACUACUACUGCAGCAACACGCAUAUGCGUGACCUGUGCAUUGGAACGAUUGCGGAUAAUGCUGUGUGGUACACACACCCCCACAUCAUCAACAUUAUCAUCAUCACCACCAGCACCAUCUUCGGAAUCUUCUACUACAUCAAAAUCCAUCCCAACACCAACGACCCACAAAAUUCUCCCACUCAAGGGCUACGACCCCAAUACAUUCGACUUCGAGGCCGCGUAUACGAAUCUCGCUUCAUCAUCAUCAUCUCUAUCUUCAGCAAGUUCACUACAACCUACUAUUACUACUACCACUACUACUACUACUACUACUACUAACCCGUGGUGUUCACUGUGUCCGCAUCCUGCGUUUUAUGGAUGUGCGAGGUUGCAGAGUAGGGAUGUAUAUCUGGAGGAAAUCACAGAGCCUCAGGCGAUGGGUAUCGGAUGUGGAUUGUUGCUUUGUGAGCGGUGUGAGGUGUUGAUGCGGAUAUAUAAGGGGAAGGUGGAGGAGGUGGUGAGGAGGAAUGAGGAGGAUGCGGUGAGGAAUUAUGGUACUACUGGUGGGAGUGGGAUUGGAGGGAGUAGAGCGGAUGUGGGGUUUUUGUUAAAGGGGGAGUGGCUUUGGAGGGUGUUUAUGGGGGAAGGGGAUUGUCUUCUUCGAUCUUUUGCUGGGUCUUAG